CCCUCAACACGAGCCCCCCUGCCCACCCUCAACACGACCCCCCUCCCCCCCGCACCCGCACGACCUCACGGCCCCUUGCCUCCCUCCGCAGCGGCAUGACGGAGGACCAGAAGCGGCCGUUCAUCGAGCGCGCGGACCACCUGCGUCGGAAACACAAGCAGGAGUACCCCGAUUACAAGUACCAGCCGCGGCGGAGGAAGGAGAACGUGAAGACAGUCAACAAGUCUCCUCAAGGACAUCCUCUGGGCGUCCAGGAUCCGCUCACUCUGUCGGGGAACAACCACUUCGUCGGCACGGGUAAAGUGGGCGGCCUGGGCCUCAACCUGCACCCGCUGUCGCCGCCGCACUCGCCGUCGGGCCAGGGCGCCGUCCGCAGCCAUGCAGACGCCCACAUCGGCGAGACGGUGUUUGUGUCCGACUGCCUCGCUGACUCCUUCGAGACGAUCGACCGCGCCGAGAUGAACAAGUACCUCCUUCCGGACCAGACGGCGGGCGCGCACUACGCCACCUCGGCGGCCGGCGCGCACGUCCCGUCCACCGGCAGCCUGCAGCCCAUGACCACCAUGUCCGCCAUGCCCUCCAUGAACACCAUGUCCGCCACAGCCGCCGCCGCCGCCGCCGCCGCCAGCAGCAGCAGCUGCAGCGGCACUCUGUCCUCGGGCGGUACCGGGACGCUCACAUCCCUCCCGCCCUUGGCCUCGCGGCUCAUUCCUCCUGCGCCCGUGUACGGGGGGUCCGGUUCGCCCUACUACACGGGGGGCGCCUCGCCGCAGCCAGGCAGCCACGGCUCGCCUGACCUCGGGCCCAGCGACCUCAACGGCCCGCCCACAGCAGGAGGCGUGUCCCCUGGGGGCUCCCCCGGCUCCCCCCACCAGGAGUACGUGGAGCUGCAGCCCCCGCGAGUGCCGAAGGAGGAGCCGCUGCCGCCGCUGAGCUCCCCGAAGCCCUCCAACCCCUUCCUGCACCAGAACCUGUGUUACUCCACGCAGCCCUACGCCUUCCAGUACUCGUACCCGUACGCCACCAUGUGGCACUGAGGCCGCCCCCCUCGCCCCCUCGCCCCCCUCCCGCCGGCAUUCAGCGGGUUCCAAAGCCCGAAUUCAGGCACCGUUUCCCGACAGCGCUUCGUCGGCCGACAGAAUGGCCGACGUCCAGUCGGUGCUCCGAGGCACUCUGGCACCUUAGAGUUCGUGAGUGUCAAGCCACGUUGGAGUGAGUGUCAUUAGUGCCAAGGCCACGUGAAGUGCUGUGCCAAUCAAGCCAGUCAGCCUACGUGCCCAGUACCAACGCCUUAAGUUAAGAGACAUUAGAAUAUAUGUAUAUAUACAAAUAUAUCUCUGAAUAUUUUUAUAUCCGUAAGGUCCACAACGUUCGAAGAUGCUGUAUUGUAUUCCUGGUGCUCCCCUGUGUCUUAAAACCAAUUCUUUUCUAGAAAAAAACAAGAAAAGAAGAAAUUCCAUUCCAGCAAAACGUGUUGCAAUAUUAGUGAUAAUGUGUCUAAAACCGAGAUUAUUUUACUGAAGUGCUUCUCUUGCCGCCUGAGACGAUCUCCUGCGCUGCCCACCGAUUGUGUACUUAAGAUUCUCCUGUUGAAAAUUAGCAUAUUAUGUUUUACCGAAGGAAGGGAACAAACUGCAAAUCCAGUCCUGUGGAACGGACCGUGGUUUUGUGUGGCUGACUGCAUGUCGUUGAGUAUUACGCAUCAUGUACGCGAACAUGUGUAGCGAAAAACGAAACAAAAUGGAUUGCAGAAAUACACUGGCCAUGUUGCAGACUUACGGAGCUCUGUUUUUGCGAAGGCAUAUGUCGAGCUUUAAUGAUACAUUACUGUCUUGGGCCAUUUGCCUGAAACUCCAGCCGAGACACUUACCCACCUUUUCUCAGUAUUAUAAACCUUUUAUCUCCUUGUGUAACCAUAUCAACUGAUGGCAUCUACUUGGCCAUUCGUGACGUCACAUACUACGUCAGCCAGAAAGUAAUGAAUAUCUUUCUUGACGUCACAUACUCCGUCAGUGAAUAGACUCCAAUGACGUCAUUUACGACAGCAGCCAAUGGACAUUAGCUGUCUUUGUGUCGUCAUAAACACAUCAGCUAAUGGAAAAGUGAUCGUCGCCUCUUUGAUGCUAAACAGUAAACAGGAUCUCAGCUAUGAUAAUAGCAGAAUUUAGCCAAAAAUGGAGGCAGGCGUUUAAUUUUGCAUUUCUAAACAAUUUCUCGUAAAAUGUUUAGAUUUAUGAUAUGUUUAGGAUUAAAGGAAAAUACGUUCUGUUGAAAUACAUUUUAAGUUGAUAUUUUCGCCACGAAACGAAAGACCUUAUCUAUAGAAUUUUGGUUAAUAUAUAUGUGGAAACAAAUGUACAUUUUCAUGUACUUAUAUAUUGCAAGCAGUCCUUGUAUGGCAGCUAUCUGAUGUAUUUGUUUCAAAUCAAAUGUUCUACACUAUAUCGUAAACUUAAUUAUAUGUUGUUAUAAAUGUUAAUGUUUAAGUAUUCCCUUUAGGAAAACCAUAAAAAAAAUCCCGUUUUCGUCGAUAAGCUUGUAAAUAGAGCUAACUGUCUACGGUGAAACUAACUGUGUCAGCUUUUCAGUGUAUUUAUUUGAUGGUGAAAUUAGCUCUUAUUGUCAUGCAUGCUGUUCGUCAUUUGUUUGCCAUUUAGUAUGAUAGCAUUUUAAGAGAAGAAAGAGAAGCCACGAAAAAAGAAAAAGAAAAAAAAAAAACAUAUCCCAAAUGUGCCUUUUAAAAGCUGAUAUUGAAAGAAAAAUAAAAAAUCAUAAUUUUUAUACCCAAGAAUGUAUUUCUUUUGCAAAAGAAACUAAUCCGAAAAUAAAUGAUGUAUAUUUAUAAUCUUGUUUGUAUGGUGUGUGCUUGCAAGUCAGGAAGAAGUAAAAAAAAUAAAAUUGAACAGUUUA